AUAUUGGCUCUACCAUUACACCCUUUGUCGUGCCUUUCAGACAAAGCUAUUGCCCCCAAAAAAAAAAGACAAAGCUUUCUCGUUCACAUGGUCUCAUAAUCUUCUUCUUCGUCUUCCUUCAUCCUCUUUCCAUCGCUUCUUCUUCCUCCUCCCAUUCCUUUUUCCCGGAAAAUUUCCAAAUCCAUUUCUCGAGAAAACCCGUUUUAGAUUAUCAUUUCCCCCCCCCCCCCCCCAGACACAUCUCUCGAGAAAUCGGCAAUUGAAGAUCUCAAUUUCAAUAGGUAGAGAGACACGUCUCGUGUUCUACCCUGUAAUCCCUAGGGCCUUUUUGUAAAUUACAUACACGUAACAUUGUACCAUAUCUUCGUUUCUGUGUGCAUUGUGAAAAUUAGACAAUAGAAGCAUCUCAUGUCCUGUUUCAAGUUGUAAUCUUUAUUCCGGAAUCUUCUCUUCUGCUGUGUUAUUGCCAUGGAGAAGCUAAAGGGAAAGCUAGAAGAACCCGAAACAAGCCACCAAACUCAAUCAGACGAUCCAAAGGUCGAACCUUUAGAUUACAUCUCAAAGGCACAAUCAUUAAAAGAAGCAGGCAACAAGCUCUUCCAACGAAGAGACUACGACAACGCGAUGCUCAAAUACAAAGAAGCAAUAGAUGUACUCCCUCAAGAUCACGUAGAAGUCUCACACAUUCGAUCCAACAUGGCCUCCUGCUACAUGCAUUCCGACCCCGGAGAGUACGCAAAAGCCAUCCACGAAUGCGACUUAGCCCUCACCAUCACUCCCGACUACACCAAGGCCUUGCUGAAGAGGGCUAGAUGCUACGAGGCCUUGAACAAGCUCGAUUUAGCGCUGAGAGACGUCUGUUUGGUUUCUGAACUCGAUCCUAACAACCCCAUGGCGUCUGAGAUCGCUGUGAAGCUCAAGAGAACGUUGGAAGGGAAAGGUCUGAUGGUUAAAGACUCGGUGAUUGAGCUGCCUCCUGACUACGUCGAGCCCGUUGCGGCCCACCUUGCACUGUGGGCUAAAAAGGGCAAAGCGAGGGUGAAGAAAAAGAACAGGAGUAGUAGUAGUAGUCAAGUAGUGCAAGAGAAGAGUAAUGUUGUUGACAAUGCUGAGAAGAAGAAGAACAACAAUCUUGCAGAUGUAAAGGGCAAAGAGAAGAUCAUUGAAGAUAAACAUGAGGAAGUUAUCGUCGAGGAUAACAGUGUAUUAAAGAAGACUGUCAAGUUUGUGUACUCUGAGGACGUUAGAUUGGCUGAGCUCCCUUUGAACUGCACUCUCUUCCACCUCAGGGAAGUGGUUCACGAGCGUUUCCCUAGCUUAAGGGCGGUUCAUAUAAAGUAUAAAGACCAAGAGGGAGACUUGGUGACGAUCACAACAGAUGAGGAGCUAAGAAUGAGCGAGGAGGUCUCAGGUUUAGACACUACUAUGAGGAUGAGGUUCUAUAUAGUGGAAGUUAGUCCUGAGCAGGAUCCCUUUUUCGGAAGGUUAGUUGAGAUGAAGAAGCUUAAGAUAACCGCUGAUUCGUUCAAAGCAAAGGCGAACGGUAAAGGAACGUGUAAGAUUGAAGAUUGGAUGGUUGAGUUCGCUCGUCUCUUCAAGAUCCAAGCCAACGUUGAUUCUGAUGAUACAUCCUUGAAUCUUCAAGAGCUUGGGAUGAAACUGAACUCAGAAGCUAUGGAGGAAGUAGUAACCUCCGAAGAAGCUCAAGCGCCUUUCGAAAAAGCAGCUCAGCAGUUCCAAGAACUGGUGGCAAGAUCGUUGCUAAAGCUGGGACACGUGCACAUGUCAGGCGCGAGGAAAAGGCUGAGCCUCCUACGAGAAUCAUCAUCACAAGUUGUUGAAACCGCUUGUGAGUUUGCGCUAAAGGAGCAUGCAAAGGCCAAAGAGAAGUACGAAGAGGCCAUGAGAGUAAAACCUGAUCUGCUCGAAGUGUUUCUAGCUUUAGCUCUCCAGCAGUUCGAGGAAGCGAGGCUCUCGUGGUACUACGUGCUUCUCAGCCGCGUUGAUUUGAAAACGUGGCCGUAUGGAGAUGUGGUGCAGCUUUAUCGAAGCGCCAAAAGCAAUAUCAAAAAGUCUAUGGAAGGGUUGAAGAGACUAGGUAGCUCAAAAGCAGCGGAUAAAGCAGCGAAGCUUAAAUCUUGGCUAGAUGUUUUGUCGUGCGCUGUGCUCUACGAGAGGUCGAUGAUGGAGUACAAACUCGACCUGCCGACGUGGCAGGAGAAUUUGGAAGGCGCGGUGGUGAUUCUUGAGUUGGCUGGGACUUGUGAGGAGGAUGUUGCUGCGUUGAUAAGGGACGAUUAUGUGACGGAUAAUACUUUACGAGAUCUAAGGUUUCACGUGGACGAGGUGCUACAGAUAUUUCACGAGAUAUAUGAAGCGAAAGAGUGGAGAAAUGGGAUCCCUUCAGACCAGUUUGAGGAGAUAUUGAAGAGGAGGAUUGGGAAUAUAUUUCAUGUAUCACAUACUACAUGAUAAAAAAGUGUCACACAAUGAUCAAGCUUCAUUUCAAGGUUUUGUCUUGUGGUACAAGAGGAUUUCAGAUUCAGAUUUUUGUAGACAGGAAGAAACAUAUAUAUACAUAUAUGUGUUCUAAUUUUUCGUGUAACAUUCAUACAAUUGAUUUGGCGACUAGUGAAGCAAAUAGCUUGCAGUUC